UACACGCCGCCCGCGCCACACGCCCCGCGCACGACAGAAAUGAAACUCGACUCAAAACAACAAAUUUAAAAAAAAACAACACGCGCACAAAUCAUGUACUAAAACCUAACAAAAACAAUCAAACAAAAUUUACCCUUCGUAACAAAAGAAAUGAAAGUGAAAAUCGCAGUGCACUGACCGAUGCAACAUGUUUAGCGAAAAUAGAUGGAAAGUUAUUCUGUUACUGGUGGCGUCCGUUGGCGCUGUCGAGCCGAGCCGGGCGCUCAGCCUAGUCUACCAGAAACCGUACAAAAACGUCAUGUUUGUGCCGAAGAACCUGUACCGGAGGACGAGAGCGAGGCAAUCCAGAGUGCUGUUCCUCGAUGAAGAUGAAAACCAUCAGCCAUUCGGAAAGGGUGAAAUUGAUUUGACUCAAGAUAAAAGUUACUCAAAAAUCAAGUUUGACGAUCAACCAGAUUAUGAGUUCACAUCUCCUGAAGAUCCUGAAGUGCCAAAGAAGUUGAAUGAGGAUUUGCCGUCCGGUAAUGAGCGGUUUUACGAGCCAUUGCCUCGAUUUAGGCCGUUUUCGAACCAUCCUCAUUACUAUCAGGGUCGUUUUGGUCGGACUUACGCUCCAAAUUUUGGGUUUGACCCAUACCCUGUGGCUCCGUUCGCUCCGUCGGUUCGGAACGGCUACUACCCUGGUUGGAAGCCGAGGAGUCCUCGAGUGGUGUUUCCAUACGCGUCAGAAAGUGUAAACUCAGUGCAGACGAAUUCCCACGCGGGGCCUGGUGGGUUCAAUGAUAAUGUUGUGUUUCGUGAACAAAAUUUCGGUUUGAAUGACGUUGGUGAUGAGCAGGCGUUGCAGGACAUUGGGACUGGUUCGGGAGAUGGAUUUGCUGAACGAGAUGCCAACGGACCACAUCGAGCUCGAUUCGAAAAAAAUAAAAGAAAAAAAGUUUUAGAAAAACCAAUGUUUAUACAGACAGACAUACGAACGCCAAUGAAAAGGGUCGAUUAUUACGAAUUCCCUAAUGUGACGAACAGACUGGCGGAUUUACCGAAAUUUAGACCAAUCACUGACGAGCAAAUGUUGAAAAUUAACGAAAUUCUCGACUCUUUGCCUUCGAGAUUACCGAAAAGAAAGGGACGAGUGAUAAAUAGUUUGAGCAGUCCACAGAAUGUUAUAAAGCCUCCCGUGACCACAGAUACGAAACCACAGAAAAUAGAAUCGAAUGACAGACAAGACGUGAAAAAAUGUCCACAGGGAGGGACUUGCGAGUUUUUUUUUUACUGUUGGAUGGUCGGAGGCCUAUUAGAUGGGUCUUGCGGGAGCUUGUUAAAGGGUUGCUGUCAUAGAGUGGCCAAAGCUGGAAUUUUGGGAGUACAGGACUCGAAUAGCCUUGAUGCUAGCAGUGAAGGGUUGAGUUACGGACCCGUGGUCAAUGAUGAAAGUUGUGGUAUCGCAGUUGGUAAGCAGACGGCACAGCGAAGGAUUGUUGGUGGUGACGAUGCUGGCUUCGGCACCUUCCCCUGGCAAGCAUACAUCAGGAUAGGAUCCUCAAGAUGCAACAUGCUUAUGUCAAUAUUCGAGCUUAUCGGUUGGAAGCAGUGUUGGAUAGAGAGAUGCGGUGGCUCCUUAAUAUCGAGGCGGCAUGUAGUCACCGCUGGCCACUGCGUCGCUCGCGCCCAACCUCGUCACGUCCGUGUAACCCUCGGCGAUUACGUCAUCAAUUCUGCAGCCGAACCUCUGCCUGCAUACACGUUUGGAGUCCGAACGAUCAAAGUUCAUCCCCUGUUCAAGUUUACCCCACAAGCUGAUCGAUUCGAUGUGGCGGUCCUGACCUUGGAUAGAAAUGUCCAUUAUAUGCCGCAUAUAGCACCCAUCUGUCUACCGGAGCGUGGUUCCGACUUCCUGGGGCAAUACGGCUGGGCAGCUGGUUGGGGGGCGCUCAGUCCUGGCUCCAGGCUGAGACCACGCACCUUACAGGCAGUGGACGUCCCGGUGCUGGACAAUAGAGUCUGCGAGAGGUGGCAUCGGGCCAAUGGUAUAAACGUCGUGAUAUACCCAGAAAUGCUGUGUGCUGGCUACCGAGGUGGUGGCAAGGACUCUUGCCAAGGAGACAGUGGAGGACCUCUCAUGCUAGAACGAGCUGGUCGCUGGUACCUCAUAGGAGUUGUCUCCGCCGGCUACUCCUGUGCCAGUAGAGGCCAACCAGGGAUCUAUCAUAGAGUCGCACACACUGUUGACUGGAUAUCACACGCCACAACCCUAUCAUAGCAUUGAUAAGUGAAGUGAACGAAUUACAGUGCCUUGUGAUUAGAAGUUUUAAGACGUGAAGAUUUUAAGAUUUUAAGAUUUGAAGUUUUUAGUAAAAAGGCUCAAAUUUGAAUGACUACUGAAUUUCCAUGGUUGACUAAAGUGUGUUCGUACUAAGCAUGGUUAAAAAUAAAUUUGAUUAAAAUUUCUUUCUUAAUUGAAAGUUUUGUUUAAUCGCUUUUAGUUUUAAUUGUGUUUAUUUUUUAUUUUUGUGUGUUUUAUGCUAUGCUGUUAAAGUAGGUAUGAUUUAAUAAUACCAUGUUUUAAAUUAACUCAAUGAAUAGAACAAAAGAAACAAUUGUAGUGCAACAUCAAGUCAAUAAUUUGAAAACUGGAGUAGCCUCUAACUCGUCUGCAGUUAAUAAAAGACUUUAACCACAUAAUAAUACAGUCCGUUUUCCCAGGCUACAGUCCAAUGAAAUCGUUAGGUUAUAAAAAUACUUCGUUUUAUUAGCAUUUUUAUUUCCUACACAAUAAGGGCGGUUUUCAUUUAACAUUUUUAGGAGCAGGAAAACUCAGUGUUACUUUAAACAUACUUUAGUAUGUUCAAUUUAUGUAAUUGAUUUUCGAAUCUAUUAUAAAACAGUAAAGUAAAAAAUCGUUUGCAGAUUAUAAAAAUUAAUAGGUAUACGUUGACCUACCAGCGUCUGUACAUUUAUGUAUUAAUAAACAAUUAAUAAUAUUUCAUUACCCCAUUCCACCAAAUAGUCAAUUAAAUAACCAUUUAGGUAUCGUUUUAUUCAUAAAAAAUAAAUAACUUUAAAUAAAAUAAACAUCACAAAAUAAAUGUCACUCGUUAUUCCCUAUUGUUCUUGAAAUAAUUUAUUAUAAGGUAUUUUAUUGUGAUAAAAAUAAUUAAAUUCAAUGGGAUUAUUGUUGCAUGAUAAAUAAAUACAUAAAUACUCGCUGUUAUUGCAAUUUUAACUUUAUAAUUCUUAUGUAUAGUGCCUUAUUUUGGAACAUGGAGAUUGGAGUAAAAUAUUGGUCACAAAUAUUGUUCCAAAGUUUGGUUCAAUUAAUCAUCAUUCAUUAUCGUUAGCUGGAAUA